ACGUAUGAGCUGGAGGUGGACGGCCUAGGCGUGCGUGGCCUCUCGCUGAGCCUGGACCAGCUGAAGAAGAACUUCGAGCCCGUCACUGUCACCGCCACCAUCAUGUGCGCCGGUAACCGCCGCAGCGAGAUGUCGGGUAAGGCGGUGCGCGGUCUCUCGUGGGCCACGCCGCCGUCGGCAACGCCCACCUGGACCGGUGCCCGCCUGUCGGACGUGCUGCGCGCCGCCGGCCUCGAGGGGGAUUGCCGCCGCCCCCGGCCGUUCGAGGGUCUCGACACGGACCCGUCCACACGCCCGUACGGGGCGUCGGUGCCGCUGGAGGUGGCCACCGACCCCCGCCGCGACAUCAUCCUGGCCUACGAGAUGAACGGACAGCCCCUGAGCCGCGACCACGGCUUCCCCGUGCGCGCCAUCGUGCCGGGCGUGGUGGGCGCCAGGAACGUCAAAUGGCUCGGCCGCAUCUCCGUCUCCGCCGAGGAGUCCACCUCGCACUGGCAGCGCAGCGACUACAAGGGCUUCAACCCGUCGGUCGACUGGGACACGGUCGACUUCAGCAAGGCGCCGGCCAUCCAGGAGCUGCCCGUGAACUCGGCCAUCUGCUGGCCGGCCAGCGGCGACACCGUCAAGGUCAAGGACGGCACCGUCGCGCUCAAAGGGUACGCGUGGAGCGGCGGCGGUCGGCGCGUGGUGCGCGUGGACGUGUCGGCCGACGGCGGCGCCACCUGGCACGAGGCGUGCCUGACGGCCACGGAGCCGACGGCGCCGGCCGGCCGCUGCUGGUCCUGGUGCCUGUGGUCGGGCCGCGUGGCCCGUGCCGGCCGGCGCCCGACCGCUCAGCUCUGGGUCAAGGCCACCGACGCCAGCUACAACACCCAGCCCGAGUCGGUGAAGAACAUCUGGAACCUGCGCGGCGUGCUCAGCAACGCCUACCACCGCGUGGAUGUCAAGCUGAAGAGGGUGUAGGAUGGAGGAAUACCCGCGCGCUGCCAACAUGUCGAUGACGGGCCGAGUGUGUGCUGGGCGCGACGUCACUGCGCCGUCUCGCUCUAUUGUCCAGGGCUGAUGAAGGAAAGUGUUGAGGUGGCGGCCGGCACGACGUAUAUUCCAGUCUCGGAGACGGUUUUGAGAGUAUUUUUGCACGUGCGUAGAGUGCUGUGCCCUGGCAGGCGGGAGGUGUUUGCGAGUAUUGGCGCACGUGCGUCAACGGCUCGGUCCAUUUGUCUGGCCGCAGAUCGAUAUCGACGGUGUGAGGUGGGUGUGCCAGGCUUGAUAGAUAGAAAGGGGAGGGAAGGUAGAAAGCUGAAAAGGAUUUGGAAUCUGUGGGGUGGUUUGAUGACAGGCAAGGUGUCGAUAGUGCGGCAUCAUGGCAAGGUUCGGUAUGAGUCCGUUGAUCGGAUCCGGAUGGCCCAUGUCCAGUGACUAAGCCACGUUUCGUUGUCGGUUUCAGAGUAACCCUACCUGUUGCGUU